AAAACACAAUGCUUGUAGAUGAAGACUUGGAAUUUGUUGACACCUCUAACAUUAUACAUCCUGCCGAUGAUGUUGAAGCAAAGUGGAAAUUACAACAUCUAUUUAAAGAUUCUCUUGGGCAACCCGCAUAUUUAACUUUGCUAAUAAAUGGAUAA